CGGAGGGACGGAGGAGAGGGAGAGGAGGGAGAGGUGAUCGGAGCAGGCACGUCGCACUAUCAACUGAAUCCAUCUUGGAGAGCAGCUCGCAGGGAGUCUGAGCUUUGAGCUGAGCAGGCAGAAGAAGAGUUAAACCUGUUUUUUUUUUUUUACUGCGCACACGAACGGACGCAGUUGGCCGCGGCAUGGCCAGGGUUGGAUCAGGAGAGCGCGUCCUGGCUGCGCGGAGACUGUGUGCAAGCGGGGAGCCGCGUUUCUGUGUCCCGGUGCGCCACGGACUGUGCUGAGUGGAAGCGGCGGAGCUCACUAACUCACUCUCACACUCACACGGCGAACAAAAGUGCGCACGGAGGACGAGAGGGAGCGCGGCAGGGGGACCCAUGCAGGAUAAUAAUAUGCUUUUCCGGGGAAUCGCCGGGUCCAAGCCGCUGAUCGGAGCCCUUUACGCACGGACUUACAGAGAGAGCGAAUGAAGGACGGAGGCUCGGAGAGAGAGCAAAAGUUAAAUGCGUUUCUGGGGAUCGAGAUGGACACGGGGUCGCCAAAGGUCUCUGGAUCCAAACGCCGCCCCCCGUGGGCUCUGCGGUGGUCUGGGACCAGCAGUGUGUGACGGACAGGCGAACGAAGCCUGUGGUGGCCUUCUACUGUGCGUCUUCAAAUUGGCUCUGGCUGAGCUCUGCAUGGAACAGGGAGUGAAGGGUCCUGCUAUUGUUUUGACGUCUCAGCAUGGAUGGAGUCACCACCACAAAUGAGGCCUUCGUUCUUCUGCUGAGGACUAGCAUUUACAGGAUUACUGUCUUUGUUACCCACUCCGUUCCCAACUAACUGCGUUGUUGCUUGAUUGUCCUUUGUUGGACCUUGUUUUUUUUUAGUGGAUACAUACAGUUUAUUGUCUUUUUUCGGGGAGGAAAAGUCUUUUUUAUUGUUGGUUUCAAUUUUGUCUUUUUUUUUCCACUAUGGAGUUUCUGGCUGGACCGUGGAAUAAAGAUUGGGCCUCGUUUUUGCAGUUUUGGUUGACUGUCAUCCUAAGCCUUCAAAUGCAGUUCAGCCCAAUUGCUUCAUGUCCCCAAGUGUGUCGUUGUGACAAAACGUUUAUAUACUGCAACGAACGCAGCCUGACAUCAGUGCCUAUGGGGAUAGGUGAGGGGUAUAGAAUCCUCUACCUACACAACAACCAGAUCAGCAAUGCUGGGUUUCCUGUGGAAUUUCACAAUAUAGAAUCCAUAGAAGUUGUUUCUCUAUAUGGCAACCAGCUGGAUGAAUUCCCCAUCAAUCUGCCCAAAAACACAAGAGUCCUGCAUCUUCAGGAGAAUAACAUUCAAACAAUUUCCAGAGCAGCUUUGGCUCAGCUAAGUAAACUUGAAGAGCUGCACCUCGAUGAUAACUCCAUCUCUACAGUAGGGGUAGAGGAAGGGGCCUUUAGGGAGGCACAAAGCCUUAAGCUCCUUUUUCUUACCAAGAACCACUUGAGCAGUGUUCCUAUUGGCCUUCCUGAGGAGUUGAAGGAGCUACGCUUGGAUGAGAACCGCAUUGCUGUUAUAGCAGAGGAGGCCUUUCAGAAUGUGACAGGUCUGCAGCGCCUCCUGCUGGACGGGAACCUACUGACGGAUGAGGGCAUUGCGCCGGGGACUUUCAGGGAACUGAGCUCUCUUCAAGAGCUGGCCCUGGCUCGAAAUUCCCUCACCUUUCCUCCGCCCCUCUUACCCAGCCAGUCACUGGUCAAGCUCAGUCUGCAGGAGAACCUGAUCAACCAGAUCCCUGUGGCAGCCUUUGCAGACCUUAACAGACUAGAAAGAUUGGAUAUUUCCUCCAACCAGCUGCAGACUCUUACGCAGGGAGUAUUUGAUGGGCUGUCAAGCCUGAAGAGCCUCAUGGUGCGUGGCAACCCCUGGCGUUGUGACUGCUCUGUGAAAUGGGUGGUGGUGUGGCUCAAGUCUUUACCAUCCUCCAUCAAUGCCCGGGGAUUUGCGUGUAGCAGUCCAGAGAAGGUGAAGGGCAUGAUAAUCAGAGAGCUCACAUUGGAUAUUAUAGAGUGUCCUAUUUUCCCUGACCAGACGCCCUGGCCAACCCUCCGCUCCACACCUCCUCCUCCACCCACCACCUCCCCUAUCACCACCAUGAUCUCCACCCUCAUCACCACAUCUAACCCUUACUACUUUGACUCCCCCUCCCCUCCCUUACCACCUAUCCAUAAUAACCCCCCAGGACCACUUCCUCCAUAUGAGGAUCCCCUUCAAAUCUCCUUCCACGUGGUCAACUCCACCAACAUUGAAGUGAGCUGGGCGUCCUAUUUCAAAGUCACAGCCUACAAAGUUACGUGGGUGAAAAGGAGCCAAAGCCAAAAUGAAGGGAUGCGGGAGAGGACAGUGAGUGGAGAUCAGCGCCAUCUAAGUCUCACCAACCUCGAGCCCCGUUCGGUGUAUCGGAUCUGUGUUCAUGUUCUGGACACCCUCAACUCCUACAGGCCGGGGGAGGAUACUAUCUGCUCCGAGGCUAGGACCAAGGCGCCUGCUUCUACUAAGCCUCCGGGGCGUGAGCAAGCCCCGCAGGACAGCCUGAACUCCACACUGCUUAUGGCUGGGAUUAUAGGCGGAGCAGUUCUCAUCAUCCUAGUGACACUGUUGGGCUUAUUCUGCUGGCACAUGCACCGAAAGAGUCGGUCUGCUUCUACUAAGUGGAAAUACAACCGUGGUCGGAGAAAAGACGACUACUGCGAGGCAGGAACCAAGAAGGACAACUCCAUACUGGAGAUGACCGAGACCAGUUUCCAGAUAGUGGCUCUGAACAAUGAACAGCUCCUCAAGGGAGACUUCCGUAUUCAGCCUAUCUACACGCCCAACGGGGGCAUUGGAUUUAGAGACUGUCACCUCAGCAACAACAGCAUAGCCUAUUGCAAGAGCAGUAACGUGCCCAGUACAGAGUUCUGUCACACGUGAUGCAGCCCUCUGACUGACACGUACAUGAAACAACUGCUCACAUAGACACUGUUUGUGUAGAUGACAUCUAAAAAAAAAAGUUCUAGUGAAAUAUUACUGUACCAUAUAUAUUUCCAAGAUCCGUCUACAAUGUAAUUUAUACUGUGGAUAAUAAUGUGGGAUUCUCUGCUAUCUUUUUUAUUCUUAGAAAAAGAGACACAAGUGUUUUCUUUCUUUUUUUAUAACCAGCAGGGUUUUGAAAGUCGUUUCAAUGGUCAGUACUGUACAAGAACAUGGGUUUGUACAAUCACAACACCCCGGGUGUAGCUCCUGAGAGAACGUAGCGACAGCCUCGGAAAUGUAAGAGCCACCUUAGAGGGCUGGGAUCCUUUGCUAACCACAGAAAAAUAUAAGGCCUUUCUGGUGUAUAGUACCUAUACCCCAAAAUGAUCAUCCCCCUUCGUUAGGUUUGCCACCGUGGAACAUAACGUGGAUUUUAAAACACUUCUUAUUGCAGUGUUUUUAAGGAAUAUGAUACUAUUUGUUUCUAGAAAGUAAAAUAAAAAAGGAAUUAAAGUGCACUUUCUUAUUAACAGCAGCUAGGCAGGAAAUAAGGCAGAGGUGGUGACCACUUGCAGGUCGACAUGGAUGGAAAAAUGUAAUCUCUGUGGUAAUUAAAUUUCCCAAAAGUGCCACCCUAUUAAAAAAGCAUGUUGUUGUGUUGCUUUACAGAAAAUAAUUGUAUGCUUAAAAUCAACAAAGGAUCUCUUUUGAAUUGUAAUUUGCCCUUAUACUACUUUUUAAAUGAUUUUGGCCACAAGGGGGCAGGUUUUCAUCCAACCGUGUGUGGGACCAAGUAAUGUUAGUGAGGCCAGUGAGAUCACAUUACCUCCAGCAUUCCCCCAGAGCUGAUUACCCAGACAGCAUUACUCAUGCUCAGGCAGCAUUGUGUGAAGUAUUUAUGCUCGUCAAGCUAGUUAAUGACAUGGAAAUAAUUUAACACUAACAGUAUUUUCAAUGUUUGGUGGCUAAAUGUUAAAGAUUUUUCACUGCUUUCUACUACAGCAUAAAGAUUCCUCUGAGAUUGGAGCAAAAAAAAAUAAAAGAAAGGAUGAUGAAUUUGGAUAUGUCUCACACAUGACGCUAAUUAUACACCCACAUAUUUCAUCCUUGUCCCAGCGUUUAUUAGACAUAGUGAUGAAUUAGGAAAUUACUUUGAGCUCACACUCCGCCCGUGAUCAUAUCCAGAGCCAUGACCGAGAACCUCGUCUAUCUCAUCAUUAUUUAUCCCUUUGUCCCCGCUCACGAGACGCCUUAUUUCAUUUUCAGUUUGCUCGUCUCGAACAAUGCACCUGCUCUCUUUGCAGCAGUAGUAGCUGAAAGGAUGAUUCGCACUCUGUCCAACCCGAUUUACCCUCCAUUCCAGGCUGCAUGCUCUGAUCCCUGCAUGGGCUCAAUUAAAACCUUUUUCCUGCCCCUGGGCUCAGACGCUGCGGCGGCAGCUCUUCAACAUGUGAGAGGUCUCCAUUUAUGCACUUAGGACUUUAUUUGAUCUGACACAAUUUGAUUUUAAGGGGCCAAGCUUAAAGAAUUCCCACCCACCUCUUUUCUCAUAAUCCUACCAAAAAAGGGAGAAAAAUAUGUCAACCUUAUUUUCACUUGGCUGCAAGAAGCUCACUGUAGAGGAAACAGUCUUUAACUCUUUGAGAGGCACCAUAGAUGUCCCUGCUCCAACACGUUUUAUAAGGUUCUAGACGUUUGCUUGGAGCAGAAUAUCAUUCAAGGGCUUGAAAGAUUUCUUUCAGAUAAAGAUUUCCCUGAUGGGAUUUACUGCAACACUCAGUGUCUCAAAAUUAGUUUAAUUAGAUUUUAAUUUCAGCUGCAACACUGACCAUUAUCAUGCUUAAUUUAGGGCAUUCCUAACCCCAGUGCCAAAAAGUUAUAUAACAUGCGAUUAAAUCAUUUAUUGCAGUAAUUUGAUAUAUUAAAAUCUUGUAUUUUUAUUAAAUUUUUUUCAAAUAGAGACGCUACAAAUUAACAUCUAGUUUACUUAAAAUCCCGAAUAAAGAACCAUCUGCAGAGCUUAUGUUUCUAAUGAAUCUGUGGAGGGAUGUAUCCGCUCAGAGCAACGCCACAUUAGUUUCACUUGAUCGUUGUUCUAGUAGGAAAGAUUUAUUUAUUUUUUCAUGUUUUGCACAUAAAAUCCAGUUGGUAUUUUCUGUUUCCCCUCAAUCAAGAAGUUUGUUUCUUACAAAAAAAGGAUAGACAUUUAAGGAAAUGAAAUUAUAUAAACAUUUUAUCAAAUAUAAAAUUAAAAAAAUUUUAUUCUUUAAAGAUAUAUAUUUAUACAAUAAAAUACUCAACAUAAUCAGUGGAAAAGAUCUUUAUUUGGCAUUACUCAAAUGAACCCCUUUUUAUAAUUAUUGAGAUUUUUUUUCAGUGUUUCCACUUUUAUGUUUAAAUAUAUUUGAUGAUGAUCUCCAAAAACUUUGAGGUUGGAAGGUCUCCUGCUAUUACCCUAAUUUUUAGCUCCAAAUCCUGACUGGCUGGGCCACUCUAACAUGCUAUUAUUAAUUUUAGGGAAAACACAGCUGUUAGAAGGAUUAAUUUACUUUUGCCAGGGAUUCAGUCAUUUUACACAAAAAUUUAGCUUGGAAGAAUUACCUUUAAAUUCAUCAUGUCUUUGAUAACAGCUAAAAACCCAGACGCAUUAGCUAAUUGCUGUGCUUACUGACCACAUAAUGGUUUUAGUAAAACAGGUCAGUUAGAAUAUUUAAUGGAGCAUCACCAAGGAAGUAAUUUUACUAAAUAAAUCUCAUAGUUGCUGCUGUUCUGUGUGACAGAUUUUUAUUAAAUAAAAAUGGUUGCUAAAAUAAGGAAAGCUUCAAACUGCAACUUUUGCUCUAUUUGUUUUUUCCACAGUGGAUUUUAAGGUUGAAAUUGUUAAGAAAUAACUAUAUUUAAACGUCAUAUUCUGCCUUUAUUGUAUAAUUUUUUUUAAACCUAAAGAAUUCUGGCCUAUCAUAAAAAAAUGGGCAAGGAAGGUAAAUUUAAAUAUUUUUUUUUUCAUCCAUUUAGUCUUUUUACACUGGUUAUUUGUGGAUGAAAUCAAACCAUGAUUUAUGCUCAAUUUUCACACCCGGUCUUGAUAUUUUGAGCGUGUUCUGAGUUCAGCUGACUAGCUUGUGAAUGUAAGCUUGUUUUAAAAUCUACUUUAAAACAUUUUUUUCCAUAAAUGUUAACUGUUCAGUGAUUCCAUAUGAAAUAAAAUGUGUAAAUUGACAUAUUGCAAAGUAAUCAGCUGCAAAAUUCUGUCUGAAAACCAAAAAUUAGAACAUAAAUUCCAGCUAUGCUUCAAUUAGGUCUUCCCUGCAUACUGACUGACUAAUUUACUUAUUUUACCUGUGGAUUUAAUUAGACUUUUUUCUCUCUACCAAGUUAAGAAGAGAUUAUUGUGCUGCAUGGGCUUUAAUAGAGGUCAGUUAAUUUAUUUAUAGACCAAAUAAACAGUGGAAGUUCCCAACUUUGACUAAUUCAAUAAUAGUGCCAAAAAGAUUUAAUUAUUGAGUACACGGUUAUAGUCAAUAAGUUAGAAUGUAAUUAAAACAUUCAUUUAUUUUCGACAAAUCAAUUCACUACGUAAAACACAUUAUAUAGAAUAAUUAAAGCCUCUAUUUCUAUCAUGUUUAUUUUUAUUUGACUACAGCUAAUUAAAACAUUUUGGAUUAAAAUAUA